AAUAUGUAGAGUUCUCCCAACCCUUGGGAACCCACCGUCCACCCCACACGCCAGGUAACCUCAUGCCGAUAAGUAUUUCCGAACAGGUAACGUGACGUAUCUCCGCUGUGUACAUAAACAACAUAGCCAACGUUCCUGCCUACCAUUGAUCUUACAUCCCGCUUUUCAGCAUGUCGAUGUCAGUGGAAGAAGUUCAGACCCCGCGUGAAGGGUUCCCGCGCCCCGUACCCAACAUACCAAGCAACGUCCUCGAGCAGUUUCGUCUAAAUGGAAAAGUCGUAGUGGUGAACGGCGCGGCCGAUGGCAUUGGCUUAGCUGUCGCAGAGGCAAUGGUAGAAGCGGGUGCCAAUGUUGCCAUGUGGUAUCAUAGCAAUUCUGCGGCCGUCGACAAAGCGGCAGAAUUCUCGAAAACUCACAAUGUAAAUGCGAAAGCGUACAAGGUCAAUGUUUCGGAUCCAGAACAAGUCCAGCAGACCAUUGAGAAAGUCGUUGAAGACUUUGGCAAGGUUGAUGUUUUCGUUGCGAACGCUGGAAUGGCCAACUCCAAGCCCAUAUUGGAACAAAGUCUCGAAGAGUACCGGCAAUUGAUGUCCGUCAAUGUUGACGGUGUAGUCCACUGCGCGAAGUACAUCGGACAAGUCUUCAAGCGGCAAGGCAGCGGUAACCUUAUCAUCACAUCGAGCAUGAGCGCCCAUAUCGUCAAUGUGCCCGUGGAUCAGCCAGUCUACAACGCUACAAAAGCGUUUGUCAGCCACUUCGGGAAAUCCAUUGCGCGCGAGUGGCGAGAUUUCGCGCGCGUCAACAUUGUGUCUCCAGGCUUCUUUGACACGAAAAUGGGUGCCAGUUCACGCAUUAUAAACGAAGCGUAUCGUAUGACGCCACUUGGCCGGCAAGGAGAUGUCAAGGAGAUCAAGGGGCUCUUUUUGUACCUGGCGAGCGACGCAUCGACAUAUAUGACUGGAAGCGAUAUCCUGAUUGACGGAGGGUACACACUGCCAUAAGACGGACCUCUUAGAGGCGUUAGAAGAAAAUAAAGACACGGUACGGUGCUCGUAGGUAAAUACAGGUGUAGUGGUGUGAUUCUUACGAGUUCCUUAUGCAGUGAACCUUCUGUAGAGA